AUUCGUGAGUGAGUUCUGAUAUAGCUAUUAUUUUAAAUACUGAAUAUAAUCAUUUUAAGAAACAUUGUUGAAAAAGAAAAUUAUUUGUUUCUUAGACAUAACAUUAAAUAUUUUUUUCCUUUUCUUACGUACAAUGGAAAGGUCGAAACCAGAGUUUUACAAAUGCCGAUGGCUCGAGGCGAUUUGGGAACCCGGGACUCGCAUUUAUUCACUUCCUGGAGGAAUCGAUAUGAUUGAUAUCUCGGGAGAGGGCGAUGCAAGACUUAUUACUGCUGAUUUAGGAAAUCUUCUUCAGGAUACUCCCAGGAUUCGAGUGUUUAAAGAAGAAACUCAAGUAAUUGAACACAGUAUGGUUGAUGCUCCAUGUGGAGUUGUAGGUUUUCAUUCUGAAAAUGGAAAUCCUCGUUCUGCCGCAAUAGCUGUAGGUGCAGGUGCCAGUGUUUUCAUUUUUAAAAAUAUGAGACCGCAUUUUAAAUUUUGCUUACCGUAUUUAGAUGCUUAUCCAAAGGAAAGAGAGAUCUGGCAUAAAGCGGGAUUGGAGGAUGAGAUCAAUGUAUUAAAUUUAGCGGAUGAUUUAGAAUUGCUUCUAAAAGAAAUUGGAUCUGGAUGCUUGUCUCCUCGUACUUUGAAAUUUCUCGCAAUGGAUAAAAAUUUAAGAGCUAGUUUUGCUGAACAGUACCGAGUCAUUCCGCUGGUGAGAAUGAAUGCAGUUACCACAAUUAAUCUUUCUCGGAAAGAUUCUUGGGCUGACUAUCAUUCAAGUUUUAUCCUCAUUGGAACAGAAUCUGGGGAACUUUACAUGUUAGAUCCCAGGUCAUUUUUUAUGUCCGAGAAAAUUGCAAUUGGCUGGCCACCAGUUUCCACAACUUGCACUGGAUUAUGGAAUGGGGACGGUCAAAUAAUGGUAAUUGGACGAGAAGGACAGUUGGGUUCGGUAAAAAAAGGUAGUCCUUUUAAAAUGUGGGAUAAUAUGCCGGCUCCAGUUGUAUCUAUUGCUUCUCUUACUUGCGAAGGGGCAGCUGUCGUUCUAAUGGACGGAACCUAUUGUGGAUUUUCAAAAACUGGAAUAAGGAUGUGGCAAACAAAUUUGCCAGGAGUGUCGCUAGAUCUAGUCAGCUUGCCAGUUCAGCAAAGUGUGGUUUCCUUAUUGGCUGUGAGUGUUGCAAAAGUUGGAAUAAAAAUUUAUGACGAGAAGCAUCACGUGGAUACGAUUAAAAUGAUAGAUUCUGUAUCCGCAAUUAAGUACGGAAGAUUAGGACAGGAAGAGCGAGCAAUGUCAAUGGUGACUACUGGAGGAGGACUUUGCGUGAAAAUUUUAAAACGAACAGCAGAUUUUUCUGUUCGUUCAUUAACAUCUGUAAAUGCUAAUAGCGACAGCAAUUUUGCCGUUCCAAAGAAAACAAGACUUUUUGUGGAACAAACGUUACGAGAAAGAGCAGAGGCAUCAAAAAUACACAAAAUAUUCCAACAAGGCUUAAUACGAUUGAGAUUGACGGUUGCAAAAAAGACUUUUGAAGCUUUAUCCAAUCAUCAAGAAUCAAUGUAUAAUUCUAUCUCGAUAGAAUCUAGUGUUUUCGGAUUGGGACCAAGAUAUAGAAUCCGAUCGAUUGUUACUAAUGUCACUGAGGAUGCGUCCGAACCUGAAUUGUUCUUUGUAUAUAAGACAAACAACAUUGACUGUAGACCUCGCAUUUCGAGAGUUCCUAUUUUAGCUCCUGGUGUUCCCAUUACUUUUAGUUCAAAUGCGACUUUAAUUAAUCAUCAACUUCCCGGAAAAGUAAAACUUCUUUUAUGCAAAAAAAAUGUUCUUAAACCUUUACAGACUAUUAAUAUUGCGCUUCCAACGUCUGAAGACGAUAUUGAAGUUUAGAAUAAUUUAUUAUUAAGGGGGAGUGACACCUUUGAAGUGCCUUUUAAACCUGUUUUUCAUGAAUUUUUUUAAGACACAGGAAUAAAGUAAACAAAAUUUGGUUUCGAGGACUUUAUUUAUUAACUUUUUAAGUUUACAAAAAUAUAUUUAUACUUAAAAAAAGUUUCAAUUUGUUGCCUACAGAGGGCGCCGAAGAUGGUCUCGUUUCUAUGCAGGGUAAAUCGGUGGGCAAUAUUCUGGUUAGACCGUUUAAUCAAAAACCAAAAUUUAAAGUUUUUCUGAAUCUGCGAUAGAUUUAGCUUUCGAGUACGUAGGAUAUUUUAAAAAUAUUAAUUUUAGUGUAUUUAGCAGCUGUUUGAUGAAAAAAGUCGAUUUUUAGAGCGAAAUUUUUUCAAAAUAUUUAUUGCAAAAAAAAAAACAAACCAAAAAAAAACCGCUACGUACUCGAAAGCAUUAGUAAAUGACGAACAAAAAAAACUUUGGCCGAAGUCAAUCCGAUCAAAACUGUUCUGGCUAGACUGCCCACCGUUUUGAAAAAUGUCAUUUCGAGAAAAACGCAUUUAAACUUAUGUAAUGUGAAAACAUGAAAAAUGAAACCACUGUUAAUCUACGAUGUCUGCACCAUAUAAGUGACUUUCUACAUUAAUAUUUCCUUCAUUUACAUCCUUUAGAGCAAUUUGAAGCUGUCUUCAGUAUUCUUGAGCUGCUACGAUAAAAGAAAAAAAAAUAGCCAAUGGCGCUAAAAAGAACUCGAAGCGCUCUUGGACACCUUUUACAGAUUUCGAUUUUUUUCACAUAAAAUAACUUCGAAAUUACUUCUUAUGAUAUAAUUUCUAUUCUACACCUCAUAAAGUAUCGUUUAAGCAAAAAAAAAUAAAUAAAAUCAAAUUUUUUUCGGAUCAAAGGUGUCACUCCCCCUUAAGAGAAGAGACUAGUGAAAAUUCAACUCAUCUAAAUUCUUGUUGUUUAUGGGUGAUUUUUUUGACAAAAAUCAACGUAGACGUUGAUAGACUUAAGAGAUUUUUAAAAAAAAUUGUUUGUUUUAUUUUAUUUUUUAAUUUAUAAUGUGUAGUUUUUAUAAAGAAUAUUGAUCGUUAAAUAAAUAUUACACAGUAUUUUAUGAUAGUAUCUUUAAUCUUUAUUUUACAAACUUUCGAUGUGAACUAACUGGAAAAUUAUUGAUAAUUUAAAUAAAGAGAGUAG